AUGAAUGCCAAUCCGAUGGCGGCCGCCCCUGUGCCGGCGGGCACAUUUAUGGCUGGUACCAAGGUGCAGGUCGGAGGCCAUCGAGUCGUGGUAGAAAAAUAUCUUUCUGAAGGAGGAUUUGCCCAUGUCUACGUCGUUCGACUCUCGAAGCCCGUUGACGGCGUUGAGACCGCUGUCUUGAAACGAGUUGCCGUCCCGGACAAGGCAUCCCUCGCCAACAUGAGGACGGAGGUGGAAACGAUGAAGAGGCUGAAGGGUCACAAACACAUCGUCACAUACAUCGAUUCUCAUGCAUCACAGCUCAAGGGCGGCGGAUAUGAGGUCUUCUUACUCAUGGAGCAUUGUGCUGGUGGCGGCCUGAUAGACUUCAUGAACACCCGGCUACAGAAUCGAUUGACCGAACCGGAGAUCUUGAAGAUAUUUGGCGACGUCACCGAAGGUGUGGCCUGUAUGCAUUAUCUCAAGCCCCCGCUGCUUCACAGGGAUCUCAAGGUCGAAAAUAUUCUGAUCUCUGGGAACGGUCCAUCCCGAUGCUAUAAGUUAUGUGAUUUUGGUUCUGCAGCUCCUCCUAGGCCUGCAGCUACCUCCGCCGCCGAGGGUAGACUGAUCGAGGAUGACGUGCAGAGACACACAACUCUACAGUACCGAAGUCCGGAGAUGAUUGAUGUCUAUAGAAAACAGCCCAUCGAUGAAAAGAGUGACAUCUGGGCCCUCGGUGUGCUGUUGUACAAGCUAUGCUACUAUACUACCCCGUUCGAUGAGGCCGGCCAGAUGGCUAUUUUGAACGCAAAGUUCAAGUAUCCUGCCUACCCCCCCUUUUCUGAUAGAUUGAAACUCUUGAUUGCCACCAUGCUUAAAGAACACCCCAAAGACCGGCCCAAUAUCUAUCAGGUAUUACGUGAAACAUGUCAUAUGCGGGGGAAAGAAGUGCCAAUUCGAGACAUUUACUCCGACCGUUCACAUUCCGAAUCUAGACGAAACCAGCAGCUACCUUCUUCUACCCCAGUGGAAGCACCAAAGGUCGGAGCCACCUUCACGCCGCCCAUUCAGGAAACAAAGAUCAUACCGGACAUUGCGCCAAUGAGGAGAGGAAGACCAGUCAAACUUACCGACCAAAAGGCUACAUCUAAACCCAGUCCCUCUCCUUUAAGGACUUCCGGCGACCCAUUUGCGGCACUCGAUGGAGCUAAACGGAACACCAAUACAGACGAGCUCUCCUCGCGAUUCCCAACGCUAGAUCAAUUCUCCCUCCUCCAUGAAAAGGGUGGCACUUUCAACUUUGAAUCUGCAAAUACAGAUUCGGCUCCCAACCCUGAUGACUUUUCCAAACGAGUCACAAAUGCUCUUGCUGAUGAAGCCUUUUCUAAACCUGCAGCAUCUCCACAACCAAGUCCUACGCCUAGAGCGCACCAUACCCCCAACCGAAUAGACUCACUAGCAGAUAAAAAACUUGCAUCGUCACCAUAUCUAAGAACGGAACCCGCUAGACAACAAGUCCCUGUACAGCAACCAGUGCCACAGAAACCAAUGAUGGUGUCCACUGGCACAAUGACAUCUCCUUCGCCGGCCAACCAGCGACCAGAUAGUCCCCCUUUGUCCCAAAGACCAUUGCAUAGAUUCCCAAGUCAAUCACACAAAAGACAACCGUCGGGAAGUUCUCGCGAGAGUAGUGGCCAUGAUCAACCCCGGUUGCAAAGUGGCAGCUUAUCGACACGCCCCAGUUUUGCCAGAUUUGACUCCAAACCAAUUCAAGCCGAAGAGCUCCCUAGAUCGCCUGCGUCCUCACGUCCAUCACUAGAAGGGACUCGACCCACGGCUUCUGACCUUGCAGACCCGUUAACGCGUUCAAAAUCUGCAAACUCGAAAUCGCGACCUACUGCCGCAUAUGUUGCGUCAAGAUUAGAGUAUCUUCGGGAUAAAGGCCGCGAACGUUCAUCUGGAGAGGACGAAACGUUGUUAUGCCCAUCCCUCACAGAUCAUGACCUCGAAUACAGCCAGCCAUCGAACAUGUCGGAUAUUGAUUUCCUUAAAGCUAAAGAAGAGGAAGAGUUGAGCCGAAAACGCGAGAAGCGCCUCAGCAGUGGAUCCAAACAUUCUAAACGUGGGAGUUUGUCGUCACUGUCUUUAUCAGGUACCAAGACACUCCUCGCGGGCCGUUUCGGAGAGGCCUUCCGCCGCUUUGAGAACAAUGCUCCUCAUGAUAGGAAUCAGACUCCAUCUCCGGAAAACGAUACCCAGCACCUUACUCCCAUUACCGGCUCCGAGGUAACGGAAAUGAGCGACGAUGGCCGUGGCUAUGACAAUGCUGAUACCGACGACAUAUCUCCUGAAAUGCGCCGAGAAAUGGAACGACGCCGUUUAUCCAUGGAGGAACGAAGGGUUGCGGAGGCUGCUGCACAGUACCGCUCACAACUGAACGAGCGAGAGGAAGGAGGCUCCUCGCGCCAGGUGGGACUAGGUAUAGGAAGUGGUGGCAGAGCCGCUGCGAUCCAAAACAAGGUUCAGUCUUUACUUAAGGAAACGGAGAAGCCACCACCUGUCAAGACGGCGUCAGGAUACGGGCGCUACACGGAUGCAGCACCAAACCCGCAGGCAAACAGAUUUGAAUCUUCGCGGCCGGAAAGGCCAGACUCAUCGACUGUGCAGCGAUACCCAUCCGCAUCUGUGCCUUCACAUACUUCUGAUUUCCCACCCCAACAUUCUUCAAAGGAGAAUGAUUCCUCCACCGUUGGUCUCAAAUAUAAUACAAGCCAACACCAGGCAUCAUCAGCUACCUCUCGAUCUUCCCAACGGCCAGUAGCACCUCCGAAGCCCAAGAGUUUACGGACUGGCAUUCAAUCCGCGAACCAAACAGGCAACAGCGAGUAUAACUCCCCCCAACAUCCCCGCCAGACCAGGCAAAAUACCACGCAAGGGAAUUCUACUGAAGAUUGGGAGUUAAACUUUAGCCGCCGGUAUCCCAGUCUCUCUGGGCUUGAACUGGUAGAGACAGAGAUAGACAUACCAAAGGCUUCCUUAGGUCGUACCACUGCCACCACUACUGGUAAAGGACUCUGA